AUGAAAGCAAUCUUAUCCCGUCAGUCCAUCGCCGAUUGCGUUGCUAAAGACGCGAAUCUGACAUCAAUAUCGGUGACGCCCAUGGGUAUCCCGCUUUUGGGAUUCUCAACUGGGACCAUCUUCACCUUCUCUUUGGACAUGAAUUGCUGGCAAAUAGUCGACUCGGUAACACCUUUGAUGAAGUUGUGUGAUUCGGUAGAUGCUGAGGAAUUGCCGGACGGUCCCGUCGGGCGGCUCUUGAAACGUCGAAAGCGGGACGAGUCUUCUAUUACAGGAUCCUUAUCCAAGCUCUCCGACGUACUAAGUGACCUCAAAGAACAAGGCUAUGUUUGCGGAACAUUGCGCAGUGCCCUCAGAGAAGAUGUUGAAAAGAUAAUUGCUUCCGAUCCAGUGACAUCAUCGCUAGUGAAAUCGAAAGAAACGGGCGGUUUAGUGUUUUAA